UCUUUCUCCUCCUCCGUCGCUGCCGCCUGCUGCUCCAGCUCCUGGGCCUCGGCUCUCUCUCCGGCACCCCUCCCCAGCCCCUCCGGGGGACCCCCCGACUCCUAUCGCCAUGAAUCUGUUUCGCUUCCUGGGAGACCUCUCCCACCUCCUGGCGAUCAUCCUUCUCUUGCUUAAGAUCUGGAAGACGCGGUCUUGCGCCGGGAUCUCAGGAAAGAGUCAGAUUUUGUUUGCUGUUGUCUUCACUGCCCGGUACCUGGAUCUAUUCACUAACUUCAUUUCUCUCUACAACACAUCCAUGAAGGUGGUGUACAUCUCCUGCUCCUUCGCUACCGUCUGGAUGAUCUACAGCAAGUUCAAGGCCACGUACGAUGGGAACCAUGAUACCUUCCGGGUGGAGUUCCUCGUGGUCCCCACGGCCCUCCUGGCCUUUCUCGUCAACCACGACUUCACCCCGCUUGAGAUCCUCUGGACCUUCUCCAUCUACCUGGAGUCAGUGGCCAUCCUGCCACAGCUGUUCAUGGUCAGCAAGACAGGCGAGGCGGAGACCAUCACCAGUCACUACCUGUUUGCUCUGGGGGUCUAUCGCACCCUCUACCUCUUCAACUGGAUCUGGCGCUACCAGUUUGAGGGCUUCUUCGACCUCAUUGCCAUCGUGGCCGGCUUGGUGCAGACGGUUCUCUACUGUGACUUCUUCUACCUCUACAUCACCAAAGUUCUAAAGGGGAAGAAGCUGAGUUUGCCAGCAUAGUUCCAGUUCCCAAGGUGACCCCUGGAGCAGAGACGGCCACAGGAAAAGAUGGUGGCAGAAGCUGGGGCGGGGUUGCCACGGAAGGGACGGGGCCUUUUUGCCCAGGGGUGAUUUUUUUUAAUGACGGACCUAACCCAGUACCCCUGCCCCAGGCUCCCGAGGAGCCAACUUCGGGGGGGAUGAGUGCUGAGGCCUUGGGCAUUUGAUCGCCUGGAGUUGCAGCCAUUUGUAGUUUUUGCCUUUUAGAGAAAAAAGAAAAAAAAAUCUUUCUGCUCUUUGGGUUUUUUGAUUCCGAUGAUUUUUCUCUCCCUCCUGCUCCGAGCCCUUAUUUUUUAUAAACUUGUUGGUCAGGAGGUUGUCAUGGAUACAGUCCCCCGCUUCCACAUUCCCCAUGAUGUUUCUCUUUCUAGUCUGCCCCCUACCUCCCCGCUUUCUCUCCCUCCCCCUGAAGAAUGGUUCAAUUUGCCAAAUGCUAAGACACCUUCCUGGGAUGGGAGAGGGUGUGUCCUUUUUGAUAGAGGAUGGGGGCAGGGGCCCCAACUUUCUUAAUUUUUUUUUUUUUUUGGCAAAGAGGGAGGGGAUGGAAAGGGAAUGGGGGUUAGGGGACUCCUAAUCUGGCCAGUUCCUUGUUUUUGUACAGAAUUGAUGGUUGAUUUCUUGUUCACUUGAAAUAAAACAGGAGGAGAACAAGGCCUCUUGCUUUCUCUA